CAGCAUAGUCAUAGUCAUAGUUCACAGUAUUGUUGUGGAAUGUGAGCAAUGAGGAUUACAGCAUAUCCAGGGACCCCAGAGGAACGACUUCCUUGUUCUCCAGUCAUUGCCAGUGCUGAAAAUGUCGAGCUCUUACCAGAAAUGAAUCAUGCGGUGAAUCGGUAGGGCCCUGCCAUUGCCCUACCAGUGAUCUUCAGUAGUUUCGUACCGCUGUGGAACCCUCCGCCUCCUUGGUGAAGAACCCGUUCAGCGCGCUGCUUAGCGAAACCUUGACACUCAGAUCAGGAAGACGCGGGCCGUGGCCCCACAUGGCACUCAAGACACUCAGGUCCCUAUAUCCCGCCAAAUCGUUCAGCCCUGUCGACACCGCCCCGUCCAAGAAGAACCCCGCGAAAUAUACACACGACAACCAAAAAAGGACAGCCUUACACCGGACCUAAAACAACCCGUAACGUUCACGAUGGCGGCUCUGGCUCCAAACUCCGCUGCGGCGGCGUCCACAUCGCAGCCCAGCGACGCUUCCACCCCCUACGUCUCGAAAUGGUCUUCUCGCUACCGCGGCGCCACCGUAGAAGACCUUGACCCCCCGGCCGCCCUCUCCUUGACCCCAACCGACCCCAUCUCCCACGCCCUCAUGUCGGCCUUCGAGCGCGACUACACUCACUUGACCGUUGUCGAUGCCCAUCGCGCCCUUGUCGGCUACCUCUCCAUCCCACACCUCCAGGCUCUGCUUGACGCUGGCAAAGUCUCGCCCUCGGAUCCGCUCUCCAAGGCCAUGGUACGAUUCCAGCGCAAGGGGCGCAAGUACCGCGUCAUCUCGAUGCAGACCCCGCUGGAGGAGCUCGAGGCCUUCUUCGAGGGCGACGGCGUCGAAGGGAGGAAGAGUCACUUCGCUGUAAUUACGGACGAGAAGAGGCGCUUCGUGCUAGGCGUCGCGACGGUGGAGGACUUGCAAGAGUUCGUUAAGAGGAGGCCGGCGUGAAGAAAGUGGUUUUGAGGAGAGGGGGGGAUUCGAUUGACGGAGAAGACAUGAGAUCUGUCCGAGAAAGGGUCGUUUGAUAUCCAACAGUAGUAGCGGAACAGACCGAACACAGCCUAUGCUAUGGUGGAAGAAAGAAGAGAAAAGAAAAAGUUGGGAGGUAGCUGCAUCCACUCGGGCGUUGGUGGUUCGCGUGGAACGGAGGAAAAGGCAUUGGAAGCACGACCACUAGAGGGGCAGGCGGCGAUUCAACAUUGCUCCGUUGUCACACACGACUGCACAUAAAUCAUCACGCGUAGGGAAUAGGCGUUUGAAUCGGGUUAAACU